CCUUGCGGCAGCGGCGGCAGCGGAAACCGCUGCGUAGCAUGGCCGGCUGGGUGUUCUGUAAUCGCUGUUUCCAGGCACCCCAGGGGACGGCGUGCUUCAGCCUGACUAACUGCGGCCACGUGUACUGCGAUGUCUGCCUGCGCAAAGGUAAAAGGGAUGAAUGCUUGAUUUGUAAAGUUCCAUGUCGUACAGUUCUGCUUUCGAAACGUACAGACUCCGACAUCCAGGCCCUCUUCAUGGGCAUAGACGGCCUGUGCAGGAAGUACGCAAGGGACACCUCCCAGGUCUCAGAAUUUCAAGAAAAGCACAGGAGGAGACUGAUAGCCUUCUACGGAGAAAAGAUUUCUCAGCUGGAAGAGUCCCUCAGGAAGUCAGCGCUGAAGAUGGAGCAGCUGCAGAGUGUGAGAUUGUCACAACAGACGGCUUUCAGCACAAUAAAAAAUCCAGCUUCAACUCCUUCGACAAAGCCCAGCGGGCCUCUCUUCCUGCCGCCUGACUCGUCAGCCUCUGAAAGGGUGGAGUCCAUGGAAGUUGACCUCACGCCCUCCCCGAGGAGAAAGCGUGAGGUCGCCCCUGGACUGACAAGGAUCUCUCUGCUCAGCCCGCCUCGGGAUGGACGCAUGGGCAGCGUUGCCCACCGCCCUCAGCACCGCGGCCUGACACCGAGUCACCCCAGCGAGCCCCAGGCGCUCAGGAUCCCAGCCCUGCAGACGCCCCGCGAGUGGCCCAGCCAGAGCCCUGCGACCCAGGCGGCAGGCAGAGCCGGGAGAGGGGCGGCACCCAGGCAGCCCCUCAGCAUCUCGGGGCUGCUGCAGAGGCAGCAUUUAGGGUCUGCCGGCCUCGGGGGGCUCGUGCACGAGCGAUGAGCAGGAUCCCGCCCGUCUGGACGUUGGCUCGGCGCCUGCCCGCAACAUGUGCGCGUGUCCAGUGCCGUGAUUCUGCGUUUUCCUGAUGGAGCGACUCAGUGAUACGCGUGAAUAAAGUGUU